AUGGACAAGAAUCGGUUGAUGGUGGUGUUGGCGACGAUCGCGUUGCUCGGAGUGACGACGACGACGACGGCCGUCGAGAUUAAGGACGGCGCAUUUCCGACCGGAACAGAUUAUCAGAAGGAGAAGGAGACGCAGGGACAGGAUCCCGCCAACUACAAAAAGGUCUAUCAUCGUGUGUGAGUUCGGAUUGAUCCCAGAGGCACGCCGCAUGUCUGGGUUUCAGAAUCCCCGGCGGACAUGAGCACGCAGAAGUAGUGGCCUCGAACGGUCCAGGAUCCAAUUCAUGGAGUCAGACUUAUAGCAAGUAGGUGACAGUUUACUCUCACCAGUUCAAUAUUUCAUAUUUCCAGACACCAAUCAUUUGGGUCAGCUGACACUGUGCAAUCUCAGGUAAGCUAUAAGAUCCUACUCGAUAACUUGUUGUGUUCUGUGCACUAAUUGCCACGUCACCUAAUCAUUCAGAGCUAUUCGUCGUCCAACGGCAACGCCGCGAAGAAUGCAGUUCAGAAGACGGCGGCGGAGGUAACUCCGCUUUGAGUGUCUGAUAGUUAUAGAAAUGUUGAGUUUUUGGAAUUCUGCCGCAGCUAACGAUGUGAACGAGAAGAUCCGGAACAGCAUCGAGAAGGCGCACAAGGUUUCUUCACUUCCACCUCUCUCACAUUAACACUUACACACUUACACACACACACACACACGGAUCACUUCUCAUGGGUCUUUCUCUCUGUUUUGCAGGACGCAAUGGCUCGGCACAACGAGAUCAUGAGCAGCAUUCAGCAGAGCAUGGGAAUGGGACUCGGAGGCAUGGGAAUGGGAGGCAUUGGAAUGCCGUCGCCGUUCGGUGAGUCACGUGGCGAUAUUACGAAAUGAGUACCUGUUUCUUUCUAGGAUCAUCGGACCCAAAGGUGGGCGAAGAAGCCGACGACUAACCACCUCACGCCUGUACACUUCGUCGCCUGCCCUUCACAAUAAUAAACGUGUUUUUUGUUUCUUUUUUGUUCUCAUCAAGUAUGUCCGUACCACUCAUGCAUGCCACGUCAUCACAGAUCACGUACUACGAUGGGUUUGAGCAGUGGAUGAAGGGCCACGUGCGGAUGAUGAAUGAGAUGAUGCGGAUGCAGAACGCGCACAUGCAGGUCAAUUUUUAGAAUUUUCAGAGGAACAGAAAGAUUUUUGAGUGGAAACGGAGGAAAGUUCAAGUGUCGGAGCUCGCAGAAUGUGUGAGUCUUUCAGGCUCUCGAACGGCUCAUCGCCGCCUCGUCAUACCCUGCUAAAAGCGAAACGGCUCCGCGUCUCCACGAUUCAGAAGCUGUCGCAGAAGCCGUCGAGUCGCUGGCAGGUCUCUGAACUUUUCUUCCCCCGUUCCAAUCGCCUUUUUUCAGAUUCCGAGAAGCGGCGGCUCCGUUAA